ACGCGUCACUCAAGUCUAGUGCUGACUCUGAUUUUGGUGUCUCCACUCCUCACAACGACGCCCACUACAGCGUAGACAACAUGAAUUUUGGUCCUGGAAGCCUCCUUUCUCAAUUUGGGUUUCCGGUGGGCUAUGGACAACAUGCAGGCAGAUCUAAUCCUAGAGACUACGAUGAGUAUCUAAAAGCAUAUCAUCUUUCUUUUCUUCCGGGAAGACAGAGAGAUAAUGUCACCUACGGCGGGAAAAUUAUAAUGCCCCCAUCGGCUUUGGCAAAUUUGACUCGUCUCGAUCUAGAAUCGCCUUGGAUGUUUCAGUUGCGGAAUCCCAAUAACUCUGCCGCCUCAACUCACGCAGGUGUCCUUGAGUUCAUCGCGGAUGAAGGCUGCGUUCAUUUGCCAGAUUGGAUGAUGAAGACGUUGAGACUCGUAGAUGGUGACCCUGUUCGUAUUACUGGAACGGAAUUGCCCAAAGGAAAACUAGUGAAAUUGCAAGCACAAUCCGUACACUUCCUCGAAAUCUCGGAUCCUAAAGCAGUUCUAGAGCAAGCUCUUCGCAACUUUUCCGCUUUGACACAAGGCGAUAUGAUCGAGAUCAUCUAUAAUUCGAUCCGCUUUGAAUUACUCCUCAUGGAAUCGAGCCCUGGAGGUGGUGGAAUCAGCAUUUUGGAUACAGAUCUUGAAGUUGAUUUUGCCCCACCGGUGGGUUAUAUUGAACCGGAAAGACCUAAAGUUGCUCCACCGCCUACCAUGGCGGAGAAGUUAAAGAUCGACUUAAACUCUCAUUCCCCCGGCUCGUCAAGGCCAGGUUCUUCAUUGAGUGGCGGGUUUACCGGUGUAAGCGCCGGCCAAACGACGGUCAGCAAAGGGGGUGAUCAGUGGGAGAGCUUUAAAGGCAAGGGAGAGACGCUGGGCGGACGCAAGACGAAGGGAAAAGGCAUCAGUCACCGAAAGGCAGAAGAAAUCGCCGAGGGUAGUAAAAUUAUACGCACCAACAAUCGCCGGAUAGUAUCGAAUAGCACGCUAGAAGCAGAUGUCAAAGUUCCAGCCGCUCUCAAUCUGCCUUUUGGCCAGUUGUUCUUUGGAUUCAACGUCGCACCAUACGUUCCCCCUGCGUCAAGUUCACCGACCUCGUCGCCUACAAUUCGUCAGGAGGUACCGUUCAGUGGGUCGGGAAAUACGCUGAAUGGUCUACAGACACAUUCCUCAUCAACCUCCACCAAGGGAAAAGAGAAGGAAGCCGAAGAAACAUCCACCCACUCGUGGACCGGGACCGGAAACAUGCUUGGUACUAAUGAAAUUGGCCGUGUUGGUGCUGGUGGGGCCCGUGUACCAAGACCUCCACAAAGGCAGUCUACAAGGCAGAAAGAGCGCAGUCCCACACCUGAUUUCGGGGUAGAUGAUGACGACGAUGUUAUCAUGAUCGACAGCGAUUAAAUCGACUCUGCCUAGCGAUAUUCACCAUCUCAUACAUAUUUCUUGCGAUUCCUCUUCCACCGCAUACAAUAUAACACCUGUACUAUAAUGCAGUCCUCGCAUGUUUGGACUGUAAACGACCCUCUUGGACACCUUUCCUCAUAUCUCGCGUUGAAUAUUGAAUAUUGAAUGCCAGCCUUCAACG